UGUUGAGUUACUUCUGGGUGUGUGUGAGGGUUGUUGAGCGGCCAUCAUUAGGGCUUGGCGCCACACCAGCUCGGCCACCUCCUGUUCGAGCUCCUUUCGUAAUGACGAUAGGUGACGUAGUUGUAGCUUGCUGUAUUCAUUUUCCUGCUGCAGGUAGCGCAGCACCGCUGGGUUCCGAUGUCCUGCCUCAAGCCAGCGGAAGUGAUCCAGCCGCGGCUGCUGCUCACCAUGCAGCUGCAGCACAUGUGGCUGUGGUGAUGGUUGAGGGUUGGGCACUGGGAUAUGUGGCCGCUGCGAAGCUUGUCCCGUGCGAUUUGCGUUUAUUGCCCAGGAGUGCAAAGCGCUGGGCUUCCGCGUGCAUGGUAUUUCGCGUUGCAUGCUUUCACAUGGAUUCCCUAAAAGCUCAUAACGGGAAAAUGGCAUGUCUGAAAUCCCAGCUUGCAGUAUCGGAGAGAACAUCCGUUGUAGUAUGAUUAAUGCAGGACAACGACUCGCCAAGUCGCCAACUCGCAAUUGCAUGCCCACAUGCAACAGCAAGUAAUGUCGCAAAUCUUUGUUCCAACCUGAACGAUGUUCCCCAUAGCUUACAGGUGCUUCGCGCUGCAAACGGACCGCAUUAUGUCGGGGCAAGGUUGUCUUUCCCAUGUCAAGCACUGUUUUGACCUUAAUUGCGCUCGCGCACAGUUAUGGCGAUCGUUUACAUCGGCACUAACGUCCUCCUCAAGCCGGUGGGCAAUUCUUGCUUCGCGAGGUGUGCUGCAAGCAGAGGGUUCGCAAGUGCUGGAGUUUUUACAGGGCAUCGUAUCCAACGAUGUGCGGCCGCUCUUGGGCGCAGGCCCCCAGCAGCCGCCCACCUACGCCACCAUCCUCACACCCAAGGGCAAGUUCCUGCACGAUGUCUUCCUCUAUCCGCAUCCAGAGCUUGAAGGCGCCGUGCUGAUGGAUGUGGACAGGGAGGGUCUGAAUGCGGCGUUACAGCUGCUCAACCGGUACAAGCUCCGUCGGCCCAUCAACUUCCGGGAUGUGUCCUCAGAGUACUGCGUGGCGGCAGCAUGGGGAAGCAACUCGCCGCCGCCGGCGGGCGCCACCUCAGGCACCACCACUACCACCACCACUACCACCGCCACGACCACCGCCACUACCAGGGUCAGUGAAGAGGAGUACCGGCUGCUGCGCUACCAACUAGGGGUCGCGGAGGGCGAGAAGGAGAUACCCUCAGCAGAAGCCCCCUUUUUCCUGAUAGCGCUGGGCCCGGGCUCUCUUCCUCCUCGCUCGCGCGCCGCGCACAGUGUGGACGUCAUGUUGCAUAUGAACACCAACUCGAUCCAAAUCAUUCUCGGAGUCUCGGAGUGCGGGGAGCCUACGUGCCAGGUGGCCCCCCUGGACUUCAACAUGGAUCAGCUUAGCGGUGUGAGCUACACCAAGGGCUGCUACGUGGGCCAGGAGAGGAACUCAUUCACUCACUACCGAGGGGUGGUACGGCGACGGCUCAUGCCAGUGCGGCUGGAGGCUCCGAGACUUGGGGAUGCGGUGUUGGAGGCGGGUGGGAGUCCGGGUCUGUCUUUGUCGGCAUCGGAGUCGACAUCGUCGUCGACAUCGUCAUCGUCGUCGGCCGCGACGGCGGCUCUUCCUUUUGGAGCGGGAGCUGACGUGUUGGAUGCAGCUAGCGGCCGCAGCGUAGGGCAGCUCCGUGGUGUGGUGGUGGCGCCGGGGUGUGUGAGGGGGGGGCCAGGGUUAUCGGCGUGGGGUAUUGCCUAUCUCAGACUCGAGGCCGCACUUCCGGCGGUGGAGGGCAAGUCGGAGCUGAUAAUGGCCGCCUCGUCGUCCUCGAUGGAGACGCAAGCAGCAGGGAGCUUGGGGUUCACGGAGGCGACGAGCGGGCGGGAAGGCCUCGCGGUGGCGGCUAAGGGGGAAGGAAUGCCAGGGGCUGGGGGGGAAAAAGGAGGCGGAGUUAAGGGGGCCCAGGGAGACGUGGGGGCUGGGGUAGCUGUGUGGCGUGUGAUCCCGGUGACGCCCGCUUGGUGGCCGGCGGUGUGGGGUCGAGAGGAGAAGACGGCGAGGGCGCUGGAGAGGGCGAUGGUUUGA